UCUCCUGACGCCUUCUGUUCCUGCUCCAGCCAACAACCAGGCACCCUCCACACCACACCCAUGGCCUGCAACAGCCUCUGCCGUCCCUGCGGACCCACCCCGCUGGCCAACAGCUGCAACGAGCCCUGUGCCCUGCAAUGCCAGGAUUCCCAUGUCAUCAUCAACCCUUCCCCUGUGCAGGUCACCCUGCCAGGACCCAUCAUGACCUCCUUCCCUCAGAACACCGCCGUCGGAUCCACCUCCUCCGCUGCCGUGGGCACUGAGCUCAAUGCCCAGGGACAGCCCAUCUCUGGUGGCUUUGGCUUUGGUGGCUUUGGCUAUGGCCUUGGCUAUGGCCGUGGAUUUGGUUAUGGGCUGGGAGGCCUGGGCUGCUAUGGCAGAAGGGGCUAUGGCUACAACUGCUAAGGGCUCUCAGCACCACCCCUGACACCAACCACCCACUCCCCAGAACUCAUCUCAGGCAUUGAAGAUGCAUCUCUGGACAAAGGCGCUCAAAUGGGCUCAGCACUUCCAGCUCCUGCUCUCAGGGCACCAAGCAAGGCAGUAGCCAAGGGGCCAGCCCAGGCUGCCUGCAAACAUGGCCCAUCUGCCUCCUCCUCUUCUGCCUCUCUGUGCUCUGCAUCACCCCUUCGGCUCUGUCCAGCUCCUCUCCUGCAAGCCCCUUCUCCCAAGCCAGAGACGCUUGGGCACCUCUGCCAGGCUGCUGCCACUGUGGGGCAGGAAGGCCUUGGUGCUCUGGCUAAACCAUCUGCAAGCAAGGGGCCUUGGCUGAUGGUCGCCCUACUUGCACCUCAGACCAGCUCCCUUCCACUGGCUCCUCCUGAAUUUUCACUGUUCUACCUCAAUAAA